UAUGUUAGAUUUCUUAUCUAAAAAGUAUAAGCUUACGGAGGAAGUUUCUUUGAUGUUUACCGAUAUCGGUAAUGCGUUGCAACAUUCUAAAAAUUUGGAUAAGGGCAUAACCGCUUUUAUCAAUACAAGAUACGACUCUCAAACAACUAUACGUGAAUUCUCAAGGUCCAUUCCCUUCCCUGUGUUUACAAUUACACGUAACGUUGACGAAACAAGACCGUGUUCUUUUUUCGAAUGUUCUUUUUUAUUGCAAACAAUUAGAAGUGCGAAAGAAGAGCUAGAGUAUUAUAUACAUUUCAUAAAUUAUCAUAAAUGGAACAAAGUUGCUCUAUUAACUGAUUUUAGGAUAAUACUAUGCCGAAUACGAUCUGACAAUUUGGUUAAUGUCUUAAGGAAAGCUUUUGACCUUGGAUUGUUUGGGGAAGGGUGGGCUUGGUUAUUAAUGGGUGAUUUUCUUUCCUAUAGGAAUGUUAUUGAAGAUUAUAAGAGAGAAUUACAAGGUUUAUUAGGAUUUACUCAAUACAGUUUAGAUUCUAGUGAUAGAAGAAGAAAAUUUAAUCAGAUAUAUCCUUACCUUAUCAAUUCGACAGAAUUGUGUUUCGAUCUCACCUAUAAAUGUUUCCUACAAAUGGGCGUUGCUGAAUUAUUAAAUAUACUAAUCAGAUCAUUAAGUAACAAUCAACUUAUUAAAUAUCGGAAUACAAACAAGUUUAGGAUGAAAUUUGUUGAAGAAGUUAGUAAAAUAGGAAAAAUUGAGUUAGACUCCAAUACACAAAAAUACAGAAUGACUAUUACGGACUUUUUACGCUUUCCUGGUAACGCGAAAAGUGUAUCGUCCAAUCAGGGGAGACUUAUAGAAGAGUUACGUAAUAGCGUCAUAAAAAUUGGCUUCGUUCAGAUGAAAAAGAAAUUCAAAUUCGAUACAAAGUUUACAUUGUAUCAAUACUUCGGACAAGUUGAUUUGUAUGGUAGAUGGACAGGAUAUCAAGGUGGUGUUGACACUGGCGAAAUUGAUAUUGGAGCUGCAAAUGCAAUAAUUACUAGGAAAUCUAAUAAUAUCCGUGAAAUAAAACCCUUCACUUUGCACUAUUACGCAAUCCUCAUCCCGUCAAAUUGCUGUAAAUUGGCAAGAGCUAUUAUGACAAUGUGGUAUAUUUCGGUUUUUCUAUUCCAAGGCCUGUAUAUAGCAGCGAUAGUUACCCAAUUUAGUUUGGAAAGCAGUCGCGGGGAUGAAAAAUUAAUAAAUACUAUUGAGAGAUUAAUAGAGCAUAAACACUUAAAUAUUUGUUGGCACACGAAUAGCGUUGUAACGGAACUUAUGAGAGAGUCUUACCCGAAUAGAACAGCCUUUAUUAGGCUAUUAGAAAAAAUUGAACAAACAUCUGGAAAUAGAUCUCUCACUGAAUGCGCUGAGCUUGUGGCCAAUUCAUUCGAUACAGAACCAACUGUAUUAAUGAUAACCGAUUAUGAAGAGGCAAUGGAAAUACGUAGAAAGUAUACAUGUAGCGAGAUGAAUAUUAUUGAGUUGAAAGGAUUUAUUCUACUAGCUGGACUUCCUUAUUCAGCGUCUUUUAAAUACGCCGAUAUUUUUACUCAGGAAAUGAAUAAAAUGAAAAGAGAUGGAAUUUAUAAAAUGUAUGAACCCAGAGAAGCUUGCCCUGCCCAAAUAAGAUUAAAUUAUUCAGUUUCAAUCGGUCUCACAGCAAUUCGUCACUUCUUAACAUUAGCAGUGUUAACGGUUUUCUUAUUGCCAUUAAUAGGCGGUAUUUUAAAGGUUUUUUAUAAUGCCUAUAUUCUGAAAUGGAGAUUAUCGAGUACGGAUUUAAAACGAUUGAACUUUUUUUAUAUCGUUAAGAUUAUUAGUUCCGUUAAGCUGUUACAAGGGUUAUACACGCUAACCCAUGGAAGAUUGUCCAAAAUGAUAGAAAGGAGAUUACAAGAAAAGAAUGGCAUAUUAAAUUUUUUAUUAAGAGUUGCUUUAUUCAAUCAAGAGAAUGAAAUCAAUCCGUCAGAUGCCGUUAAACUGAACCCCCUCCCCCUAUAG